GGGUUAAUUCCGUCAUUGUGUACUUCCAAGUAGGUGGUUACUCUCGCCACGGGUUGAUUCUUGUCUUCCUCGCUACUGUUCUCCCCUCGCUCUCUAUAAGCAAAGCUUAACCAACAAACUGUAAACAGAAACCCAAAGAGAGAUCUACAUAGAGAAGCCAAAAUUUUCUGCUCAGAUUCAGAGAGAGAAGAAGAAGAAGAAAAAAAUAUGAGAGAACCGAUUGAGACUAACGCUUUAUUGCCAUUAACGCCUUCGCCUCCUCCUCCUCCUCCACAGGCUUUGCUGGAGAGGCUCAAAGAUUAUGGUCAGGAAGACGCUUUUGCUCUCUGGGAUGAGCUCUCUCCUGACGAGCGAGACCUUCUUGUUAAGGACAUCGAGGGUUUAGAUCUUCCAAGGCUAGAUCGGAUAAUUAGAUGUUCACUUCGUUCUCAAGGGCUACCUGUAGCUGCCAUAGAGCCAGUUCCUGAGAGUUGUGUGUCUACGGUGGAGGAGAGAACUUUGGAAGAAAGAGAGAGGUGGUGGAAGAUGGGAUUGAAGGCGAUCUCUGAUGGGAAGUUGGCUGUUUUGCUUUUAUCCGGUGGCCAGGGCACAAGGCUGGGAAGUUCAGAUCCAAAAGGAUGUUUCAACGUUGGACUUCCAUCAGGCAAGUCCCUUUUUCAACUUCAGGCUGAACGAAUUCUGUGUGUCCAAAGACUAGCUGUUCAAGCUGCAAGUGAAGGUUCUGGUGGUUCGGUGUCCAUACAUUGGUACGUAAUGACCAGUCCAUUCACUGAUGAGGCCACUCGCAAAUUUUUUGAAAGUCAUAAGUUCUUUGGUCUUGAAUCUGAUCAAGUGACCUUCUUUCAGCAGGGUACUAUACCUAGUGUUUCAAAGGAUGGCAGAUUUAUCAUGGAGACUCCAUUCAGAGUAGCUAAGUCUCCAGACGGAAAUGGAGGAGUAUAUGCAGCUUUGAAAUAUUCAAAAUUAUUAGAAGAUAUGGCCACGAGAGGGAUUAAAUAUGUGGAUUGCUAUGGAGUAGACAAUGCAUUGGUUCGUGUAGCUGAUCCGACUUUUUUGGGAUAUUUCAUUGAUAAAGCUGUAGCUGCUGCUGCAAAAGUUGUUCGUAAGGCCUAUCCUCAAGAAAAGGUUGGUGUGUUUGUGAGGCGAGGUAAAGGAGGACCUCUCACUGUUGUUGAAUACAGUGAGUUGGAUCAGUCACUAGCUUCUGUAGUCAAUCAGGAAACUGGACGCCUUCGUUUUUGUUGGAGUAAUGUGUGUUUACACAUGUUUACUUUGGAUUUUCUAAAUCAAGUGGCAAAUGCUCUCGAGAAAGACAGCAUUUACCAUCUCGCAGAGAAGAAAAUUCCUUCAAUUCAUGGAUUUACAUUGGGAUUUAAACUGGAGCAAUUCAUAUUUGAUGCAUUUCCAUAUACUCCUUCAACUGCUCUCUUUGAGGUAUUACGUGAAGAAGAGUUUGCACCAGUUAAAAAUGCCAAUGGGUCAAAUUUUGACACUCCAGACAGUGCUCGUCUGCUUGUGCUUAGGCUCCACACUCGCUGGGUAGUUGCAGCAGGCGGCUUCUUAACGCAUUCAGUGCCCUUAUAUGCUACUGGUGUGGAGGUAUCCCCACUUUGCUCAUAUGCUGGAGAAAACUUAGAAGCUAUAUGCCGUGGAAGAACAUUUCAUGCACCUUGUGAGAUUUCAUUCUAGUUGGUUUUAUCCUGUCAUCCACAUACUUCGAUCUCCUCUCUCAGUUAAAAUUGGAAUGAGGUCUCCCUCACCCAUAUAUGUGUUUGAGAUAAAUUAGCAAAUGAGAAGCUAUCGUAGGCAUUAUGUCAAGAAAGGUGCAAUUUUAUUUGAUGCAUAUUGUACAACUUAUGAUAGAUUGUGUGCCGUGUUCGCGGCAUACCUAUUUUUUCACAGCUUAAACGCGUAUAGAACUUGGGUUUGGUGGCUGUAACCCGUAAUGUCUUGGAACAUGUCUAUGACGAACAAAAAAAAAAAAAUGGUAUAUGAGAAGAAAACCAUUUCUUGCA